CGAUGUUAAUCCCAAUUCUUUUUCCAUUAUUAAUCCACAACAACUAAUGAGAACCGAUGAGAUAAAAUCACGCACGAAGAUAAAAUUUCGAUCGAAAUCGAUCCAACGAUCCGAUCAAUAUAAUACACUAAAAUAUCUUUUUUUCCUCGCUUUAUCGAUACUUUGCUUAUUAUUUAUUUAUUAUUUUUUUUUUCCUUUCCAGAUCAUGGACGAUUCGCUCGCGCGAAUCGAAAACACAAGAAGAACCGCCCUUCGCCAUUCUUCCUCCUCGAUCAGCAGAUAUAGCGAUUAAAAACGUUUUUCGCUGCCUACGACGUGAUAAGACGAUACGAUGGACGAUACCUAUCGACGAUAUUCGAUUACUGUCUCGUUGAACACUUUACUUACACGUUGUGCUUAUUAGACGCGUCAUGAACGCCGCCGUUUACUCUUCGUCAAAGUGUCCGAUUCGAGAACGGAGCAAUAUUUUGCCGCCUAGUGAGGAGAUGAGAGGGUUAUAUAGUUCGUAGUUUUUUUUUUUUUUUUUUUUUGUAAAAAACCAGUUUGCCCACCUUUGGAGGGAAGAGAGAAGAAAGGAGAAAAUGGGAAAUUCGAAGUCGAAGAUCAAGCGGACGGGGAAAACGAGCAGGAAGAGCAAGGAAAGUGCACGGUUCGAGAGCAUUUCAAGAUCGUCCGAUCGUUCGAUCAACGAGGAAUUCCUUAAUGAUCCGCAAUUGUUGUUAUUGAAACAAAUGAUUAAAAAGAAUCCGGAAUUGUUCAUACUGAACAAUCUCAUGAUGUGCGUUCAAUUUUUCGGGAAUUACGAAAAGGAAAUCAAGGAUCUGAAGAUGAAGCUGGAGUCCUCGCGCGAGAGGAAGAUGAACGAGCAAUUGAAAAUGAACAUCCAGGAGAAACGAGUCCUGGUUCCAGACAUUCUUCAGGAGCACAUCACCAACCACGUCGGUUUCAUCUCGAGGCGGCAAAAUUUCCGCCCUACGAUCGAACCCCUUCAACCGGUUCGCAUAUACAUGAUCCACAACAACAUCGACAUCACGGAGGAAAAUUACACGUCCCAUUACAGCAACGUCAACGAUUCGACCAUGUACAGCAUACUGUUGAAACCUGCGAGACACGAAGGUUACGUGCAGCUUCAAGUGUUGGACGAUUUCUUCUUGAAGAGGAAAUCGAGCAAGGAGGACGACGUGGAUCUGUCCUCCAUAUCCGAGGACGAUGACGAGGUGUACAGCGACGGGAGUAUUUACGGGGCGAAGGCGCGGUCCAACGUGUCCGUCAACUCGGCAAUCUCGUACAAGUCGAAGCAGGACAUGUUGAGAAGCAGGCUCAAGCACACGAGAUCGUUGCCCAACCUGAUCGAGGAUUUGUCCCGGCCGGUCGAUACGAAAGAUUACGACGCGACCGGCGGGGCGGGAUCCUCGUCGUUCGAGGAGCGAGCAAGGAAUCAGAAUCGGUCGAGGGUGGGCGGCGGGCAACAGAAGGAAAACGCGAAAUUCCAACCUGGUUUGACGAGUCAGGACCAGCAUCGUCACCCGAGCAGCAACAGUUCCGGGUACAGAUCCGACAAUUACGCGAUAUACAGCGAGAGCAGUUGCAACCCGAGCUCGAGGAUGUCCCAGGCCUCGUCCAGUUUCGAGGAGAUAGAGGAGUGUUGGGUAACGAAGGGAAAGUUUCCCAAGCAUUGCUUCAAGAAGGUGACGUACACGGGGGACGGGAAGAUCUACGACCCGGCCGAGGAGAAGAUGCAUCUGAACAGCAAGCAGCGUAGGAUCAGGCUGGCGAUGAAACGUCACAACUACGACCUCUUCUACAUAAGCAGCACCGAGUUUAUGAAACAUUUCACGAAAUUGUUCACGUACCGGUUCGGCGAGUCGUUGUACUUCGAUCGAGAGACGGUGGAGGACAUGAAGCGGGAGGGGUGCGUGCUCUACUGCGACAAAAUCAUGAUAUCGGACGCGUCCAAGUACAGCCAGAUAGAGCAGUACGAGAUAAUACCCGCCGUCUGGCUGGAGUGGCCGAUCUGCGGCCAGGAGUGGCUCAACAGGUCGAGGGAGAGUUGGCCGAGCGAGGAGGACAUUGGCAAGGUGAAGGAUUUCGGUUGUUACGUCGCGCCGGAGGGCUACGUGUCGAAAAGUGGAAACAGCAAUCUCAUCGAGGAUCUCGAGUGGCAGCUCGUGUUCCCGACAGCGGAAAGGUAUCUCGAAACCUGCAUGACGCAGGCCCAGGUGCAGGUGUACUUGAUCGCUCUGAUGCUUCACAAGACGUUCAUGAGGCCUAUAUUCGACACGAUGUUCGGAAUGACGACCGCGCACAUAAGGCACAAAUUAUUUUGGAUGAUCGAGGAGAACGACAAGCCUUCCAAGUGGCCCGAGAACGGGACAGGGGUUUGCUUGUUGAGGUUGCUCAACUCUUUGUACUACAACAUCAGCCAGAACGAGCCUGUAUUGAAGGAUUACUUCGUCAAGGGUAGGAAUCUCUUUCAAAGAAUACCGAGCGAACACCUGUUGCACACGCAAAAACAGUUGAAGAGGAUCACCGAGAAUCCGAUAAUGUACGUUUUCCACGCGAUGGAGAACAUUCAGUACAGGAACGAUUUUUUCCCGAGAUUGAACUUUGAACUGUUGCUGAAAAUAUUGACUGGGGAGACGUUGACGUUGAUCAAUCCAAAGUUGAACCGUUACAUCUUGUCGCAGUCGCCGCAAAAGAAUACGAAUUUGUCCGAGCAGGAGGACAAAUACGACGAGAGAGGAUUCUGGGACACGGUGAAGACGCAACCGGUCAAACAUUCCGUCCAAUCGAUUACGAAUAAAACGUUGAUCAACGCACGCAAAGCCACGGAUUCGAUUAUUGAAAUCUCGACUCGAUGCGCCGAGUUGGAAGGUCCAAGGCUGUGCAUACUUUUGCAAUUCUUCAUAAAACACUUCAUAGAAAUCGCUGAACGUUGUAUUCAAUACGAGGCGUAUCGGCAGAAAACCAUAUACCUGAAUCAAGCCGAUCGAUUGUCCAUUCUACUUUUCGAGGGUGAGAAUUACAGGAACGACGCCCAAAGUUAUCGCGACCAGAUAAAAACACUCAGGACGAUGAAAAAGCCGCAGAAAUCGCAAAAAUCACACAACAACCCGAAAUCGAGCAAUCCGCAAUCGAAUGCUCCCGCGAGAAAUUCGGAAAACGCGAUAUACGUUGGAUCGUUGAGCGAUCGGUUCACGUCGAAGCCCGUCCAACAGGAAACGAAAGAAAAAUUAUCAGAGAAGCGAUCUCAUCAAGAGAAUAAUCGUACCGUUAUAAAAGCAAUUAUUCACGAGACACAGUACGAAGAACCGGACAGAUUGAACGAGGGGAGCGAUAGCGUGACGAUUAAUCAAAACGAAAAUCAAAUUUCAAAAUCGAAAGUCUCAAUCGCUACCGUUUCUGACUUGUAAUUAAAUGAAAAAGAAAAAAAAAAAAAAAAUUAAACGAUA